GAUGUGCAUCGAUCACACGCACACAUAAAAGUAUCACAGUUGCUUUACUAUUAAGUUCGUAGUUAUUGAAUUCAAAAACAAAACAAAAGAACAAAUUGGGGGUUGUUGUGUUCUUUCUCCACAAUUUUGAAAAAGUUAGUGUGGGGGUUGAGAGAGAAAUAAUGGUGGUGCUUCCAGUACUGAAGCUUGGAACACUGGCUUUGAAAACUGCGUGCAAACCCAUUGCUAAUAGGCUCAAGAAGGAAGCUGGGUACCAUCCAAAGUUCCGUAAUUUCAUCAUCAGCAUUGCUCAGGCCAAUCAUAGGCUUACAACAAGAGUGCAGAGACGCAUUUAUGGUCAUGCAACUAAUGUUGAAAUCCGACCUAUGAAUGAGGACAAGGCUGUCCAAGCUGCUGCUGAUCUUCUUGGGGAGCUCUUUGUCUUCACUGUUGCAGGAGCUGCUGUCAUCUUUGAGGUACAAAGAAGUUCUAAAUCGGAAGCAAGAAAGGAAGAACUACGUAAACAGGAGAUACAGGCAAUAAAAACAAGGAAUGAAGAGUUAGCAAGAGAACUUGAACUUCUUUCACAAAAGCUUGAAGAACUAGAACAACUAGCUAGAGGACGAGGACUUGCUGGCAUUCUUAACUUUAAGCAGACUCAUGCCAGUGAAGAUAGAAAAUCAAAACCCAAUUGAUUGUUGCAAUUGUUAAGCAUUGACAACAGAUUUUGAUAAGUUUUAGUUAAAUUCAUUAGAACCAUAGCGCUUUUGUUUUGGAAAGAAAUGUAAUUGAUAAUAAAAAUGCAAAGAGGGACUUAUAUUUAGAUGGGGUAAAAUCGCAGAUGUAAAAGCAAGUUAUCAGAUGUGUUGAGGAGCAUUUAGGAUUAGUCAUACACCCAACCUCGUAAGAAAAAAUAAAAAGAAAGCAAAU